CAGGCCCCUCCGCCGCCCCCAGCACCGGACUCCUGGGUUCCACGCCGCCAGGAUGUCCCUUACCUCAGAGCCAGCUCGGCUCAGCGCUGGAGCCCGCCGGGGAGACCCAGCCAGAGCCGGGAGCCGCCGGAGUGUCCGUCGCCGGAGCCACCGGACUUCCCAGCACCGUGGCCAACCCCACCUCGCCCACCCUAAAGACCCUGAAGAGUCUGAAGCCGACGGUGCCCACCGUCCUGGGCACCCAGUUCCUGCCCUUCUCCGUGCCAGCGGGGGCCCCGGCCUCUCUGUUCAGUGCCCCGCUGCCCGGCGGCUACUUCCAGCAGCUGUACGGCAUGAAGAAGGGGCUGUUCCCCAUGAAUCCCGUCAUACCUCAGACCCUCAUCAGCCUGCUGCCCGGCAGCCUGCUGCCUGCCCCCGAGGCCCCCGAGCCGGCCGGGGUCUCCACGGUGGACGUGGCCCAUCACUACCUGUGCCGCCAGUGCAAGGCGGCGUUCGAGGGGGAGGCGGCGGCCGCGGCCCACCAGACCGGCUUCUGCUACUACGGCCAGCCGGCGCCGGCCCCGCUGCGGGUGCCCGUCUGCACCUACCACUGCCUGGCGUGCGAGGUGCUGGUAAGCGGGCGGGAGGCGCUGGGGGCCCACCUCCGCUCCAGCGCCCACCGCCGCCAGGCCGGCCCCGCCCCCGCCGCCGGCCCCGCUCCCUGGCCCCACCCCGGCCUUUGCCAAAGAGGAAGCAAAGUUACCUCACUCGGACCCCAGCCCAAAAAGCAACUCUACCUCGACCACGCUUCUAGCUUUAUGAACAGCGCGGGGUGCAGCUGGAGAUGGGGGGCACCUGGACCCUCCCCCCCCCGCCUCCCGGAACCCUCCCGCCCUGGGUGA